UUUUGGGAAUCGGAUGGGUGUUCUGUUUUUUUAUGGAACAAUUUAAUUUUUAAAGGAAAUAGCCAAAAGAAUUUAAUAUGGUGUUAAAUCCGAAAAUUCAAAUUACUUUUCAAAUGAAAAAAUAAACACAAUAUAAGUUAAAUAUAAAAGAAUAAAGUUUUGUAAGUAGUUUCAAAAAUUGGUAUUAUCGAUCGAUUUUUUAAAGGUGCGAAAGAGAAAGCUUAUUGACUUGACCGUAAUUAUAAAAGAAAAUUAAAAAGAAUUAAAAAGUAAAAAAUUAAAAACAAAUUAUUUUAUUAGUCUAAAUUUUCUUAAAAAUUAUCCUCGAUUAAAAACGAACGUAUGUAGCACAGGAAACCAUUUAAAGACAAUAGUUUUAUUGAAAAAUGUUUUCGCGUGGGAGCAUAUUAAAUUUUUAUGAUUAAUAAAAAUUUUUAACACCUGCAUAACGAGCUGAUCAUCGCAAAAAAUAAUCUUCUCAAAUAUCAAAUAUAAUUUUGUUAAAAUUUAUAUAAUGAGAAUAUUUACAACAAAUACGAUUCUUCUCUUAUAAAAAUAUAGCGCGGGGAAGAAGAAACGAAUUAUAAAAAUAUAAAAACAACACAUUGAUCUCAUCACAUGUUCAAAUUUACUAUUUAUUACAAAAGAAAAGAGUGGAAACAUAUAAUCAUUCAAGUAAAUAAACAAAGCCAGAUGAAAAUAUACAAAGAAACUUGAAGAAAAGCCAGAGAGUAAGAAAUAAAUAGUUUAGUAGACUUAAACAACUUUCGAACUUUAAAAUUGUUUAACUUAAUGUCGAAAAUCUUAUGUCAGAGUUGAUGUAUGUACAUAUAUAUAUGUGUAUAUAUAUAUGUAGGAUAUGAAAUUGAUGUGCCAAGAAAAUAAUUGAAACAACAAUUUAUAUGGUUGAGUUAUACGAGCUUUUCAUAAGUUUCAAAGAAAAAUCAAUAUAAAUAGUUUUAUUGAAGUCUGUGACAGAAAAAAAGUGAUAUUUUUCCAGAAAUAAACUUUAUCGCGGUAUAUUCAACUUAAUAUUUUUUUUUAAAAUACAUAUCUUCUAUACAUAUGUUCUAAGAUGUAAUUGUUAAAUUUCACUUCUUGCUUUUAGUAAGAAAAAAAAAAUAAUGGAAAACUUAAAUUACUAAUUUGAAUUUUUAUUUGUUAUUGUAAGAAAUACAAUGAAGUACUUUUGAUGAAUUACCUUAGUUGUAAGGAAAUUUAUGGAAUAUUAAUUGAUGCCUCUCUAUAUAUAGAAAAUGGAUUCCACUACACGACUAAUUGAUCGAUCUUUAAUUACAGCAACUUUAGAUAGUGGAUUUGAUAGUUGCACAGCAUCUGGUAAUAUGAGUAGUACUGUGAAUCCAUCAGACCUUGAUAUUUUAGAACCUGUAUCUGGUACGGAUAACUUAAAUGACAAUAACAGCAGCGAUAAUUAUUGUGAAGACGAUCGAGAAAUUGAAAGUCCAAGUACUCCUAGUGACAGUAAGUUUAAAAUAAAUCCGAAAAAUAAUAGGACAUCGUCAGCAGAUUCUGGAUCAACCUUUGAAAUAUUAGAUGAUUCAUCACAAUCUCCGACAUCUUAUCAUUUAGUUGAAGAUUCCCCUACAAGUGAAAAUUUGAGAAGUUACACUCAGCGAAACUUCCCCAAAUUAGAGUUAAAUGUUUCAAACCAUAACGUAUUAUCAGGAUCAAUAAUAAAUCAGAUUGAUAAUAGAUUUCAAAGUUUAAAUGAGUCAUCAAUAAAAAUAUGUGAAGUAAGUCAUGAUGAAGAACGAGAUACAUUUUCACCAAUUAGUAACAAUGGACACAUAAAUGAUCAAAUUUGUAACGAAACUACUUUUUCUUGUCCUUCAACUAGCGGCAACAUUCCAAAAAGCAAAAUUUCCACAGUCGGUCGACAAAAAGACAAUAGUAGUAUUGGAAUCGUAGAAAAUACACUCUGCAGUAGUGAGGUGCAUAAUUUAUCUUUUGGAUCACCUUUAAAUCUGCCAAUUAAUCCUAAUUGCAGUAAUAAUAGUAAUAUUCAUUCAUCUAUUUUAACUAGUGUUGGUGAUGCUAGUGGGAACGGUAGUGGAAGCGCUAGUAGUAAUAAUAGUGAUUUAGAUAAUAAGAUUUUUGAAAAAAAGAAAAUUAAAUCAACUUCUACAAAAGAAGAAAAGCAAAGACAAAACGAAGAAAUUGUAAUAAUGGAAACUUCAUCUGUUUCAUCCGAGACUGGUUCUUGGGAAUCUGUGUUUCCACAUAAUAGUUCACAACCUUCAAAUGUAAUAGCAAGUGGGACUAAUUAUCUUGAGGUUAAAGACAUUGCUUCCGAAAAAUAUGUGAAACUUGAUGAAGAGAAUAAAGGGGAAAAUUCAAAUUCGCAGCCUGGUUUUUCACAAACUCAAACAGUAACAGCAAGUUGUCCUAUAAGUGCUUGUUUCAUAGAUGCUGCAUCAUUAUUAGACGAGUCAGAAGUUUAUCCACCAACCCUUCCCGAAAACGGAUGUUUCGGUCCAAAGCCCACUUGUCCAAUAGAUAACUUGUCUGCAAAUGUAACAACUUUGAAUAUGUCGUCUUGUACGAAAAAUACUUUAUCUGGAAUUUCUCGACAGCAUUUAUUAUCUAACGGGAAUAAUGGUACUGAAGCCUCGACACUUAGUUCACCAGAGGAAACUUCUCAGAUAUCAGCUUCAAGUCAGUCUACAAAUUCUGAAAGUUGGAAAAAAAAACUUAAUUUAGACAAACUCGAAACAUUCCAUAAAUCUUUUGAAUUGUGUAAAACAAAAUCUAUUGAUGCACACAAUAAAAACAAACGUCCUGAUGAUCGUGAUAGCAAUACAAGUAGCUCUUCAAGCGAUUCACCUCAUGUGAAUGAGCGAACCAUUUCCCAUACUGAAGAGAAUUCACACAAUUUGUCAGAUGAAGAGAAACUUUGGAAAAGAGAAAACUCUAAGAAAACACGUCGAAUUGAGGUCAAAGAUCAAUUUAAUAAAGAAAGUCCUAAUGACACUAAAAUAGGAGUAAAAAUUUUUUCUACAUCACAUGUUGAAGAAACUGGACAAGCCAGUAAUGUUAACACUAAAAAUUCCACCUUUUCUGCCGUAAAUUCUUGUAUUAAUGAAGCAGAAGAGAAGGAAAUGGCAGUGAUACGCAAAGAUCAAGAGCGAAAACAAGGAAAUUUGAUUUUUCAAAACAAUAUUCAGCAAUUUUCGGGUCAUAUAAUUAAUCCGAAAAUUCCUUUUAAUAAUGGAGCCCCAGUACCUCAAGUAAGUAAAAGCAAUGGAAACAUUCCAGUAACGGAACAAAAUAAUUUCAUUGAAUAUUUGGGGGAAAGUCCUGGUCCGAGUUUAGCUUGGUCAGAUGUGGAAGGUAACAUUAAUCGCUUUUCAAAUUACGAACCUGCAGAUGUAUUUGGAGAUGGUAGCGAUUAUGGUGAACAGUCUAGUAACUUUAGUAAUUCACGUUUGGCAUCUGAUUCAGGUGGUACAUCAGCCUCUUGCAUUUUGCCAGAUACGCCACACAACUCUAUUGUGCAAAUUGGACAGAGUACGAAAGUAAUAAAAGAUUCUGCAUUGCAAAAUGAUGAUUUGGAUAAUAUUUCACAAGGCAUUAAAAUACCAAAAAAAUUGCGAUGUGACGACUCAGCACCAAUAGUUUCAGGGGGAGCAUCUAUCAAAGACUUUACACCCAAACAAUGUGAGAGUCCACCAGUACGUCGCAAAACUGAAACUUGUCCUAUAGUGUCUGGAGGCUUUAUUUCACUAGAUUUACAACGUGGUGACGAUGAUCUCGAAAGUAAUGCUGUUGUUAAAACUUCCCGUGACAAACCUAAGUUAAAACAGCAAACUUGGGUAGUUGAUAUGAGUGAUUGUUCAAUAAAUGGAAAAAGGCGGCGAAGUACUAGUUCGUCUUCAAGUACUGAGAACACAGCACGCUCCAUUUCCUCGUUUGAAAGAAAUACUUCCGGAAACUCUCAACGAAGUGGACUAGGAUUUUAUGUUUCAUUGAAUGACAUGGAGCCACCUAAAAGUAUUGAUUCUGAUUAUUCGUCAGGAACCACAGCUGGGUGCAGUGAAAAUAUAAAAGUAAAUAGAUCUUUGUACGAAAACGGUAAAAAAGCAACCGGUUUUUACGUUGAUUUAUCAGAAAGUGAAAAUUCUAGAAACGCUACACCCCCACCGUCCCAGAGAGAAACCUUAAAUUGUACACCAAGAUCCUCAACUAGCGAUGUGGAUAAAAAAAAUAUAUUUUCUAUGUUCAUAGAUCUUGGCGAAAAAAAGGUUUUAAACAAAAAGGGACCGUUUUCAUUGGCUUCAAGAUUAUCAAGCUCUUUGUUGCAAAAGAAGCAAGAAGAUAUUGGGAAAAAUGAAGGAAAUUCUUUAAAUAGUAGCUCAGAAAAACAUGACUUUCAUUUGGAAAAUCCUGAUUCUGAAGGAGAAGUUAUAGGAUUAUCAGAAGAAAAUCGGAAGAAUCCACAAAAUUUAACAAAUGCAGUUUGUAAUAGUGUUGGUACUAAAAAUUUACAAUCAACGCAAUCACCUGUUAUGCGUCGAACACCAUUGUUUCAAAAAGAUGAUUUGAAACGUCAUUCUUGGAAUAAUCCAGAAGUUAGUUCAUGUAGCGUGAGUCGCGUACGCACAGAGCAUAAGGAACACAAGCGGUCUUCCAGUUUAUCCGCUGAUUCAAACGAUAAUAAUAUAAUGAAUAUUUUGGACAAAAUACCAUUAAUAUCAAAAACUUCUAGCAUGUCUAUUGAUUCAUCUCUUUCACCUUUCGAUGAUAUAACUUGUUCAAAAACAGAUUUAAGUACAUAUUCAAAUAAUUCUGUGACAUCAAAUUCUGCCGCAGAAAACGAUUUAAAUGGUAAAUGUAUUGUAGAAAAGCAGAAAAAACGACGUCGGGAUGUAAAAAUUAAUGAAACUUUUGAUAAAAGUAGUCAAGGUUCAAUAACGGAUGGUAUUUUAUCUAAAGACCUUUCUCCUGCUUCAAAUACUACUGAUACCGAUGACUUGACAUUUCAACAAGACGAAAACUUUAUACGCGAGCCAGCCGUUGUAAUUUCAAAUCCAUCUUCUAUUGUUUCAAAUGUAACAGCUUUAAAGGACAUAAACAGACCAACAAUCAUGGAAACCAUUAUUGAAACCAGAGAAACAUCUUCACCAAAAAAAUCAACUUUGAAUAAUGAAUCUGAGAAGCACACAACUUCACACACAAUGGAAUCGCUUCAUGCUACCAUAGAAAAACAAAAAAUGUUGUUGGAAACUGUUAAUGAACAAACCGAAGCAGGAGAAAGUGGAGCUUUUGUUCGUUUAUCUGAUCUUGAUAAGCCAAUUGCUCCUAUUAAAUUUGAGCUACACUCUCCUGAGGCUAUUAUGUCCAAAUCAGUCGGCAAUCAACGGCAUAUAAAUCGACUAUUUCAAGAAACUACCCGAAAUCGACCACACUCGUGGGCAAUGACACGAUCGACCGGAAAUAGUAUAAUUAAUAUUACGAACUCGGUAGAAAAUCUACGAAGUUUAACUAGAUUAUUUCCUCAUCUUUCAAAAGAAUUCAGUAAUAGUCUUCCUAAUGAUGUACAUUCCGAAAAGAAUUUGCUUCAAAAUCAAAGGGGAAUUAGUAACUUGAAUAGCGUAAGUUUGAUGUACCACCAAAGAAGUCCUAGCGAAAUAGACUUUAUUAACUCUGGAGACAUAUCCACAGCCGAUUCUAGUUUAGCAUCAAGCUUUAGCCGCUCUGCUCUCGAUGAGUCAUCAAUUUCUUGUCGACAACCCAGAAGAUUAGGAGAAGAUUUAUUAAAAAUGUUUCUUCAAGAAAUUGGGACGGAUGUAAUAGUGGAGGUAAAUGGCAGGCGCAUAAAGGCACAUAAAUGUAUUUUACGAUCGAGAUGUCAAUACUUUGCUGCAAUGCUAGCUGGAGGCUGGGUACAGUCUGCUGGAAAUGUAAUUUCUUUGCAAGGAUACUCAUAUAGCUCGGUGCACUUUGCUUUAUGCCACAUAUAUUCGGGAGCAUGUCAUCCUCCUGAUGGAAUAAGUCUAAUGGAAUUGGCUGCUUUGGCGGAUCUUUUAGGUUUGGAAGGUUUGAAGGAAGUUACAACACAUGCGUUAAAAUCAAGUUACUGUCAUAAUUUCCAUAAACCGUGUUCAGGGUGCAUUGAUGGAAUUUUGCAAGUGCUACCAGUUGCCUUAAAUCACGCUUUGGAUGAUUUGUAUCGAAAAUGUUUGAAGUGGACUUGUCGGCAUUAUUUGAAAGUUUGGCCGACCCGAUCGUUUGCACAAUUGCCUUCUGAAAUUUUUAACAGAUGCCGCCAACAAGUUGUAGCUCAUUUGACUUCAGAAUCAGUACUUCAAGCUAUAUUGGAUUGUGAUCAACUAAUUGCACAAGUAGCCCAUUUCCGUUGGGCUGUCGUUAUUGAAAAUCUUUUGCGAGAUAUAUUAGAUGCAGCGUAUACAUAUAUAAGUGACCAUUUUGCAAGUCUCAUAGCAAGUGAUAGUUUCUUAUCUUUAGGAAAUGAUAAAAGUUCUGAUAUAACACAAUUAGAAAAUUUACUUUUACGAACAGCAUCAUCACUGAAUCCUGAUCAAGCCUGUCGAAGUUACCAAAGAGUGACGCGGUUAAACGCGGUCUUAGCUGCAAAAGUAAUAAAAAUGCCAGCUACUAUAAGCGAAAAUAAAAGCUCAAACAAUAUUUCUAACCAUGAUUUUGGUAAUGUUCUAAUUUUGGGCGGAACUGAAGAAGAAAUGGAAUGGAAUGAAGAAUUUAUUCGCUUAGUAAGUGCAAUACUUUCAGCUGUAGAACAAUGUUUGACACGGCAAUGUUCACGGGCGAUGCGGGUUACAGCAUGGCAAAGAAUGGAUUUGGAAUUAAGAAAAAAAAUUCAAAAGUUGGCUUGUUUAACUGAGCCUUUGGAUGUUAGACGAAAUGCUGGUAUCAGUAAUGUUAAUAAUAAACAACAAAUUUCAUUUAGCAGUGGGAGCAGAAAUCAAGAUUUGUAUCAAGUAAAACUAGCUAUUCAAGCACAUUCUAAGCGAGCCUUGGAUCAAGACAAACAGUUAUAUCGGGCUUCGGCACACACACAAACUAACACACACGAUCGCAAUACUCAAACUAAUGAAAAAUUAAUUCAAGUAGUGAAUAAUACAGAUAACAUCAAAAAUAAUUUUGGUGUUAAAGCAUCCAAAUCUUCUUUACGUGCAAUACAAAGUGUUCAUGUGGUGCAAAAAGUUAAGUCAUCCGUACACGAAAAAUUAAGCACAAAUGGACAUCGACGAACAUUGUCUGAAGAUUCGUCUUUGUCCACUACAAGUAAUAAUGUAAUUUUGCGUCAACCAGAUAAUUCUUUGAAACAGUCCUCCUCAAGGCCCAAUUCUUUAACAAAUACUCGAUUAUCUGCCUCUAACAGGCCAACAUCUUUAUCAAAUACAAGGCCAACAUCAUUAUCGAAUCGAUUAUCUGAAAUUCGCCCACGAUAUUUAGAGCCAAGGAAACCACGUGUGGCGACUUCAACUGGGCCGAUAAAGGUUUUAUCAAAUAAUAAUCUUAAAGUAAAAAAUAAUCAGAUAUCUUCAAGUGACAGUUCUAGGAACUCUAGUCCAGCUACUUCUCGAAAAAUACAAAAUACACAACGGAAAAUUGGUACAAAAUCAAUAAAUAUGUCUUUGGACAGUUUAGCUUCACCAUCUAAAAGAUCAAUUCAGGUAAAAUCACAUGUCCAAACAGAAAAUGAAAUAUCUGUCGAUUCUUUAGCGGACAGUAUGCGUAGCUCUAUUAUUACCGAAAAAACAAUUUCUCAUGAAUCUCUGCGCAGUGGAACGAAAAAUCGACAAAUUUCUCGAUCCAAUCCAGGUAUUAAUAAAAUUCACUUAUCACAAAAUCAUGUUAAGAAUAACACAACAAAAAAACCGCUGAAUGUAAUACAAACGACAAAAUUAGUUAAAACAAAAUCCACUGCAAAUGGAACUUCUACUGGAUUUGGUGCAGGUCUUCAAAAUACUUCUGGAUCUAGUCCAUCUUCCAUUACCAAUAAGUCUAGUCGACUCUCUAGCGUUAGUUCUACUGGUUUUUCUCCGCGUGAUGCAUUUAAAAAUAGGUCAAUUUCUGUUCCAGUGUCAUCUGUAUCAGUUAAAAAAAGUUUUCUAAGCGCUAAAUCUAGAGAAAUACUGGCACGAAAAGCGGCAAAUUUGGAAAAAGUAGCGAAAUUGCAAGUUGAAAAUGCUAAAACAGAAACUUUCGAUGCAAAAAUUGCAUUACCACGCACAAAGUCGAACGGCAUUAAUAAAAGUAAUAGCAGUUCUAAUAUUCCAACACGACUUAAAUCUUCCAGUUUGCCGCAAUCCAUUUCAAACAAAAAACAAUCCCCGAAUGGAAAACAAAAUUUAACAACUAUUAAUAGCACUUUAAUGAAAAAUAACCAAACAAUUAAAUUAAAUAACACGCAAAAGGCUGUUUUUACGGUCGAAAGCAAAAAUUAUGCUGAGAAAAAUAAAACAAAUGCUGGACAAGAAAAAGUGAAGAAAAUCGGAAAAUAUGUAAAAGAUACUCGAGAACAGAAAAUUGAAAUUAUUGUAGUGGAUAACGGAGAACAGUUAAAAGACGUUAAAUAUGAAUCAAAAUUGGAAAGAUCAAGCACGUUUUGUAAAGAAACAUCGGAUUUACCAGUUGCAGAAUUAGAAAUUGUCGAAUAAUUUCACUUAAAAUUGACGAUUUAAAUGUUGAUGUUACGUAAUUAUAAAUAAUACAACACUAAUAUGAUUAUUUUAUCCAAAUAUGAAAAACAAUAAGUUGCAUAAAAAAUAUUGAAAUUACUAUACAUGCAAUGAAAUAAUUUGCUUAUUGCACUAAUCAUAUUAUAAUUUCUAGUCAAAAAUAAUCAAGAUAUAAGAUAAAAAAAAUUUAUAGUUUACAUAUAUGUAUUUUAAACUAACAUAACAUAUUUAUAUAUUAGCUAAUAAAAUUUCAUGAUACAUUCAUAUUUAGAUAUUAAAAAAAUAUCUUUAUUCUUACGUAAGUUAAAUAUAAAUAUAUGAUAUAUAUUAUUUGUUUUUAAUAAUUAAAUAAAAAUUGAGGUGUAUUUUUAAGAAAAAUAAUUAGGCAAUUAAGUAUGUUAACAACUUCUUUUUAUUAUUUCAUUUGAAUUUUCAAAUUAUUAUAUAAUUCUAGUAUAAACUUCAAUAUUUGCUACCGGCCGUCCCAAAUGUAUAUGAUAACCUAAGAACUACAAUAAAUUUUUUGAAGAAUAAUUAUUUACUAUUUUAAUAAAAAAAUAUUGUACGUUUAAAUGGACCAUUGAUUAGCAUUAUUUUUUAUUAAGCUUUUUGUAUUUUAGUAAAAGUAGCUUUAAAUAUCAAUAAUUCUUAAUCACACUCCUGUUCAAAAACAUUUCACAUAAUUUAUGUUGGACUAAUUUCUUAAAAAAUUAAUAUAAUUGGAUUAUUUCUUCAAAUGUAUGUCAUAUUUAAAACUGCAUCGAAAAUAUAAAAAAAAAAUGAUAUGGACGGUAGUACAUAUGUAUAUAAUUAUAUGUUAAUGUACAAAAAAAAUUAAUAUGUUAUGUAUUAUUUUAUAUUACAUAAUCAUAUAAACCUAUUCCAUAUAUAAUAAUAAAAUAUAAAAGCUAUUUUUGUUAUAUGUGUUACAAUAAAAAAAAACAUUCAAUUUUAUGUUAAAAUACAUUGAAUGUAUUAUUUAAAAAUUAUAAACACUUAAGUAAUAAUGUUAAGAUGAUUGUGCGAUGGUUGCAAUACAGAUAACAAAUUUUAUUGUUAUCUAUAAAUACUCGAACCUUAAAGAAAUAAUGAAAUAUUAUUUCAAUUCAUGCUUAUUAAUUUUUAAAACAUGAUUACAUGCAUGUUUAUUUUGUAUUACGUAUUUUUUGGGAAUGUUUAAUUUUAAUAGAUUUUUAUGUGUGUUUCAAAUUGAAUUUUUUUACAACUCUAAUUUACAAUUCGAAUUUGUAAUUUUAGAGAUAACCUUAUUGAUCAAUACUUAUAGAUAUAUUUCAUAUUUAAAUGUUUUCUUUUUUAUGACCCUAUCUAAGUGAUACGAGUUCAUAAAUUUUAAUUAUUUUUUAUUAAAUAUUUAAUCAUUUCCUAUGUUAGAAAAUGAAAAGACUUUUUUUAACGUCACCUUUUUGAUUAUGUUACAUAAUAACAUUUGUCUUAUUAAUAAAAUAUCAAAUUUUUCGUGUUAUGUAUACAUAUACAUAUUAUGUGCAACAUAUAAUAUAUAAAAAUAAAAAUUCUAAUUAGAGAAAAAAAAUAUUGUAAAAGAAAGUUUUAUUCAAUAUUUAAAUGACGGCUUUAGAUGAGCUGGAUUGGGUGUUCGCAUUUUGUUUCGCAUUUGUAAAAUGAAAAUGAAUACAUAUAUUAGGGGGUAAUUAUUUUAUUUUUUUCCAUAAAAUAAAUAGUUUGGACCAUUAGGUAAUAAAUAAUGUACUUUAUGUAUUGUGAGUUUAUUAUAAGGCAAGAUUCUUUUGUUUUCAAUUUUGGGGAUUUUAAUUUAAAAAAGACACUUCAUUUUUGAUAAUAAAUAUAUUCAUAAAUUUCAUAUACCUCUUAAAAAUAUAACAAAUUUAAAGUUUUAUAUAAAUAUAUUAAUAGUUACAGGACUGCAUUUGAUUUUUAAAAAAAAAUUUGUUGUUUUUCCGAUUGGAGGCAAGUUUUCGCUUUGUGAGGUUUGAUACUGAAACGAAUUGAUAUUUUGUGAUAAGAUUUUUAAUUUUAUGCGAUUAAAGAAAUUUUCUCAUUAACCUUGGUAUAUUUUUUUAUGUUAAUUAAAUUAAAAUUUUGUGUUUUAAAAAUAAAUUCGCGGUUGAAAAAUUUUGACGUAAAUUUAUCAAUUGAAUCGAAUCGAUUUUUAUCUCUACUUGAUCCAUCAAUUAGAUGAAACCAGUAAUUAUACUUGAUUCAUCAUUAUCCAAUAGUACCAUCACUCAAUACUCAAAAAUACUGAUAUUUGUAUAUUGUAAAAAUAAUAGAAAAGGUUAUUAUAAAAACAAAAUAUAAUAAAUAAUCAUUAUUUAUUACGAUUAUAUUAUUUAAUUUGCACAUGUAGAUCUUAAAUGGGUUUUUUAUAUCAAGUUUAAAGAAGUUUAUUUCGUUUUUAUUUUUAAAAAUUAAAAAUAUACUGUAUGCAAAAACUACAAACAUACAUUACAUAUAAUUUUAUUAAUGAAAAUUAAAUG